ACCACCGAAUGUAAUGCCUCGUGAAGUGUGAGCAUGCGCAGUGCAGAGCUGUGGCUAUGCCGUUUCAGUCGGAUUGUUUUGCUUUGGGGGAACUGGUGAGGGUCUGAUGGAGGAGUGUGAGCAGGUCAGUGGAGGUGAGGAGGAGGAGGCAGGAGCAGGUGAAGCCAUGCUCUGGUCCAUCCAGGAGGCUCUGGAGAGGCAGACCCUGCAGAUAGGAGCGUCUGCCUGCGGGGCCACAGCAGUGGUGGACGUGCUGAAGGCCCUCGGUGUCAGUGUGGCCCCAGAGGAAGUGGACAGCUGUGUUCAGACACGCCUCAGGAGGAAUGAGUCCCCACUGCCUGACUACCUGCUGUCCCGGAGUGAAGCCGGUGCGACUCACGCUCAGCUCAUCUCAGGAGCAGAGGAGGCCAGUAAAGGGAAGGUGGUGGGCCACUUCUUCCACCUCCACCCUCGGCGACGGGUCAACCUGGUCCCCUGGCUCGCACGCUGGAUCCGCAGGGGGGCCGUACCCAUAGCGACCAUGAACAUGCAGCUGGCUGUACCCGAGGGGGAGGAGUUGCCCGACGCCUGGCACCACCAGCUCAUAUUCGGCGUCGCACCCAACGCUGUGUUCAUGACCAACCCUUUAGAUGUAGUCAGUGAGGAUGAGGUGCAUCAACGCCUCUGCAGUGAAUCUGUGUUGCUGAUUCGCAGAGAAGACGUGUUGCAGCGUCUGACUCCUGACUGCUGUCUAUCCGACCUCAUGGACCACUGUGACCCGCGUUGGAGGGACCUGGAUGUCCAGGGUCAGGUGAAGCAGAUGGCUGAGGAGGAGGAGGAAGAGGAAGACAAUUUAACACAUAUCAAGAUUCCGGCAGCGUACAGGUCAGGCAUCACACUAUUCGCUCUGCGGCACUCACACUUAGGACAAGAACUCCUGGACAGUCCUGAACUCCCACUGCUGUGACUGGACUAUCAAACAGGAACAAGAAUUGUAACUUGAAUAUUUAUUUUGAUAUGAGGACGUUACUCAUCUGCUGUGAUAAUAAAAGUGACACCUGUUGAUAACCUUCAGAAAAGCAUGUGUCCUUGUAAAUUAAACCAUUGUUGCAAACAUUACAGCAACUUCAUGUGUUCUACAAAUGUGCGAAAACUGCUUCCUGUCACCAGUAUUUCAGCAUUUAUUAUUUUUGUAAUGUAUUUGGUUUUAAUACUGAUGGCACUGAAGACUCAAAUUAUUUCUUCUUCAAUAACUACAUGCAAAUUUUCCUUUUGGUGCUACUCAAACAAAAUGAGUUACAUUUCCUUGGGUUUGUAAACUAAAUUCAGUUGUUUGAGAGUACAGCCUAACUAGUGCAAUUUUGGACAGUAUGUGUGUGACUGCCUGAUGACAGUGACCACAGAUGAGUACAUUUUCACUGUUUUAUGUCAAAGGUCAAAUUAAAGAAAAUCCAGUGGGUUCACAUGGGAUUUAAAAAAAA